GUUUAGCGUGUCGCCAGCGCUAGAGAAACACUCUACCAUGCACAAGACAUCGACGGAGAGGGGCGAGAAUCAGCCAGCUGAUGUUCCAUGUUGGCCUCAAGUGGAUGCGGAGUGCCUGAAGGAAAUAAAACAAUGGCUCAUCGCGCAACCACAUCUACCGGCGCUGGAAGAUCACGACAUCGCACUGUUUCUUCAUGCCAACUACAAUAACCAACAAGCAACCCAAACAACGAUCGAAAACUAUUGUACCUCGAGGACAAAUUAUCGCGACUUUUUCACCGAUCGAGAUAUUUGCAGCGAUCCCGUGCAAACGGCGUUAACUAUCAUGAUGUUUGGUAUAUUACCAGGCGAAACGAAAGAGGGCUACAAAAUGGUAUAUAGCCGUCUGCGGACAACGGAUACGACACACUUCAAUCAUCCGCAAAUAUUAAAAAUGAUGACGAUGUGUAUGGAUUUGUGGGUGAAGCUUGAAGGCAACGCCAAUGGCCACAUACUGUUAUCAGACAUGCAAGGGAUUCAUACGGGGCACAUGACAAAGUUCAACAUGGGAGCAGUAAAAAAACAAAGUUUCUAUUUUCAGGAAGCUCUUCCGAUUCGUCUGAAACAAAUCCACUUCAUCAAUGUGAGCUCGCUUAUGAACCGAUUAAUGUUUCUUAUGAGACCCUUCAUGCGCAAAGAUGUGCAAGAAAUGAUAAAUAUGCACGUAACUAACGACACUCUGCACAGUGCCAUCCCGCUGGAGAGUUUACCCAACGAAUACGGGGGAAAGGCCGGUACCUUUGAGGAACUGGAUAGAGCUUUCAAAGAGAAGUUGUACGCGCAUCGUGACUGGUUUAAGGAAACGGAGGACAAAUAUUUGGUGGAUGAAUCGAAACGUGUGCCCAAGCCAAAGGGGUUCCUGUUUGGCUUAUUCGGAUAAAAUCCAUUUCAAGAUCUUUUUACUAAGAGGGAUGUAAACAAUUGGCUGGGACAUAAAUCUCUAUACCUUUCACCUGACUUACAAACAUGGAUUAAUAUAUUAACCAUCAAUGAUGAUCAGCUCGUCAAUGGCAUCGGCAG